AUGUCUCCUUGGCCUGACACAGAGGACAACCAUGCUGCAUUGCAGUAGCUCGUGCUUGCUCAGAGACUCGUUGGAGCCUCAGAAAGUAGCAGGCGGCUUUUCCAUCCAGCCACUCAGAUCCUGGAGGAAACUUGAUUCCUGGGGAUGCCUGCUGAUAGUAGCCAGGAGACUGCGAUGCUGCACCAGGGGAAAAACUGGAAGUCCAUGUGUAAGGGACUUAUCCUCGGGACUCUCUUAACCAGCUUCAUGUUGCUGCUGUACUCCUAUGCCAUCCCACCCUUGCAAGUCAGCAUGACAGAGAUCCCAAUCCCUUACUCGUGCUCUUCGUACCCUGCCCAAGCCCGACUGCCCAUUUUGGCAAAUGGUACCCACAAACCACCAGGACAGAAGUGCCUUCCUAAGCUGGACAUCAUGUUCAUGAAGACCCACAAGACAGCUAGCAGUACCAUCCUCAACAUCCUCUUCCGCUUUGGGGAGAAGCAUCGCCUCAAGUUUGCCUUCCCUAAUGGUCGCAAUGACUUCUACUACCCAUCCUACUUUGAACGCAGCCAGGUGCAGGACUACCAGCCUGGCAUGUGUUUCAAUAUCAUCUGUAAUCACAUGCGCUUCCAAUACGAGGAGGUGCGUAAACUGUUGCCAGCUGACUCCAUUUUUGUGACAGUGCUGCGGAACCCUGCCUACCUCUUUGAGUCUUCCUUUCACUACUUUGGUCGUAUUAUUCCAUUGACCUGGAAGUUAUCAGGCGAGGAUAAGCUGGCUGAAUUCCUGCGUGACCCUUGGCAUUAUUAUGAUCCCAAUGGGUUCAAUGCUUACUACCUCCAGAAUCUCCUUUUCUUUGACUUGGGAUAUGACAACAACAUGAAUGCCAACAACCCCCUGGUUGACCAGUAUAUCCAUGAAAUUGAUAAACGUUUCCAUCUGGUCAUGCUCUUAGAGUACUUUGAUGAAUCUUUAGUGCUCCUGAAGGACUUGUUAUGCUGGGAGCUGGAGGAUAUCCUCUACUUCAAGCUGAAUGCUCGGAAAGACUCUACAGUCUCCAAACUGACAGAUGAGCUCUACCAGAAGGCCACAGAAUGGAACCUCAUAGAUGCCAAGCUCUAUCAGCACUUCAAUGCUACCUUUUGGCACAAGGUGGAAGUAUAUGGCCGGGAAAGGAUGGCCAGGGAUGUAGCCAAACUUCAUGAAGAGAAUGAGAAGAUGAAGAGCAUCUGCAUUGAUGGGGGACACCCUGUGGAUGCCAAUGCCAUCCAGGAAUCCUCCAUGCAACCAUGGCAGCCACUUGGCGAGAAGUCUAUCCUGGGCUACAAUCUGAAAAAGAGGAUCAACAAGAAGCAUCGGAAGCUUUGCCGUAAGAUGCUAACACCCGAGAUCCAGUACCUGACGGACCUGGGAGUCAACCUCUGGAUCACUAAGCUAUGGAGCCGGGUGCGGGACUUCCUUAAGUGGUAGCGGGUGCACAAUCUGCAUUUCCACUUCCCACCUUGUCCUCCAUCCAGGAAAAUAACCAGGUGGUUGUUCUUCUUCCUUACAUCAGUUGGUCAAACAUGACUCAUGUACCAACAACAAAUGUGGGACUGGCUUGAGACUCUAAAAAGGAACAAUGAUUUUGAGGAGGCCAUCCCAUUUGCCUAGGGACCUGGACAGGCGAGAAAGAACAGAAGGAAUGAGCAGGGCUAGGAUAGUAAUAAAUGAGCUAGGAUAGUAAUAAAAGAUGGGUCCAUUUGUCACC